UAAUCAUGAAUUUUGUAUCAAUUUUCAAAUCAAUAUUUUGUCUACUGAACCGUUAUUUCAACUACAUUGGCCAUUUUGCCCUUCAUCGUCCCAGUUAAAUAAAUCCCAUUUCACUUCUCGUCAAACCUUUUCCUGUGAUCCGCAAAGAGAACCAACUGCUUCAAAUUCUUUCAGUUCAGAGAAGAAAUCGCAAGGAAAUUUUAGUUAUGUUGGGGACAGGACUGGAAUUCCGGAGAGUUCUUCCAGAAGAUCGGUUUUACAAUCAGGCCAAGGCCAGAAGGUCGAACCUGAAUCAGCUGAGCGAUCAACUGCGGCGAGCUCAAUGCGAUGUUACGUCGAGUCAAUCAAAUGAUAAACAGGCGGCCACUCAUGUGAACUGGCAGUCUGAGAAGCGGGUUGAUUCAACUGACCUUCCUAAACCGGUUUCGGUUCCCUCUUCUGAAUCGUUUGUUUCUCCUUUGAGUAAUUAGAGAGGUUUUUAGUCUCGGCAUGCCUGCUGUCCCUACUCUUUAUAUGUCUAAGACAACGAUGAGAGAGUGGCGGAUGUGCGACGAGGAAUUUCAGCCAUAUUUCAUGUUAGGUGAUUUAUGGGAGUCAUUCAAAGAGUGUAGUGCAUAUGGAGCAGGAGUCCCGCUAAUUUUGAAUUGCCUUGAUUCUGUUGUCCAGUAUUAUGUACCUUAUUUAUCCGGUAUUCGAAUUUACGCUGAUUCCUUGAAGCGCUCUACCAAGGCAUCAAGGCAACAAGGUGAGGACAGUGAUAGUGACUUUAGGGACUCCUGCAGUGAUGGUAGUAGCGAUUGUGAACCUGAAAGAGGAUCAAACCCUUUUAGAGAAAAAAGGAAUCACUGCAUGACAAGUGAGAUGUCUCCUAGGAUGGAUAGAUUGUCCAUGGGAGAUCAGCAGAUAUUUCAAGAAGACUUAUCUAGCAAUGACGACGGUGAAUCUGUCAAUUCUCAAAAUUGUUUUAUUUUUGAGUAAUUUGAACAAGACCCUCCAUGCAGCCGAGAACCUUUAGCUGACAAGAUUGUAUAUCUGGCCUUCCAGUUCCCUGAACUGAAGAUAAAAAGCUGUGAUUUACUAUCUUCCAGCUGGAUUUCGAUGGCAUGGUAUCCAAUUUACAGAAUACCCACUGGACCUACGUUAAAAGAUCUAGAUGCUUGCUUUCUGACUUACCAUUUUCUUCAUACACCAGUAGGAGGUGGACAAAGUGCUCAGGGACCGGUUGUAACAGGUCUCAAUAACAUGGAUGGUGGUCUGAAGAUGCAAUUGCCUGUUUUUGGUCUUGCGUCAUACAAGUUCCUUGUGGACACCUAAUGGACCAAGUGAUCGUCACUUGAUGAACAACCUCUUUCAGGCUGCUGACAGUUGGUUGAGAAGACUUCUUGACCAUCGACCAGAUUUCACAUUCUUUUUUCUGCCGCAGGUGAUAUUCAGCUAUCUCUGUAAAAGUAGUACCCCUAACCAUUCCAGAAUGGAAUUGCAACCGUUACUUGUCAAACAUCACCCACAAAUUACAAUACUUCAAUUUUGGAGGUCAAGGUCAAAAGUUCAGUUUGGGGUGAUUGUCUUUUGUAACAAUUUAUGAAAGAACCGGGGAAAAAUUUUCUAACACAAAAUGCCUUGGGACAAAAGUUGGAACAAGGCAUUAGAGAGGAAGCGAAUGGAAAAUUUUCGAUUUAGAAGCUUAUGGAGAGCGGAGCUGAGGUCGAGCCACGUGAGUCUUGCUUGCUAUCGGUAUAUGUUAGUCUCACGCGGACUUGCUUUAAGUAUAAAUUAUGAAUAAGCCAAAGAAAAACCAGGCCUUUUUCCCUUGUCCGGAUGACAAAAUAUAGAAUCUCAUGUUUUACCUGACAUAAUGAAGGGAAUUUUAUUCGGAUGGUUGUUUCCCUAAUAUGUAUGGUGAUGUUUAUUUUAUAUUAACUUCAUCUCUGUUUGUUUAGCUA